AUGUUUAUGUUUAAUUAUAUGAACAUUAUCUUCCCAACACUAAGAAGACAUAAAAUAACGUUCAAUGAUGCAGACAAACAGAUGUGGUUCAAUUUGGACAAAAUCAUCACGGAAAUGAUGUUAAAUGAAGUAUCCAUAUGUGGCAAUUUAAAUGUAAUGAACAGCAACUUAAUGAACAACGAAACAUACAACGAUCUUUUGUCACACAUCCAACACAUCACAGAAAAUGAUAUAUUUAAGUUUUACAAAAUUGUUCCAAAUCAAAAGGGAGAUUUUGAAAGUAUCUACAGAUUAAAUAAAGAUGUUGAUAUUGACGAUUUCUUCAAAGAAAAUAAAGUCGUUGUAAAAUACAAUGGAGAUUUAAAAACAAUUCUUCUUCAUAAAAGUUUUAAUUUGGACACCAUGGAAAUGAAACAAGAAACGGUGACAAAAAAGUUUCUUGACAUAGUUGAAAAGGAGAGAAAUUUAGAGUUGUGCAAGGAAAUACUGAAAUUCCGACCACUUAAAAAAUAUGUCACUGUCAUUCCUUCCUCAUUGGAAACACAAUUAAAACUGUUUGGAGACAUCAUGCGAAUCGACAACCACACUGGAAUUGGAGUCGGUUCGGUCAAACUUUGGCGUGUUGCUUUUAAUGUUUUUAUUGAAGAUUUAUACAUUCGAAGUAAAAAAAAUGGGAAUUUUGGAAUUGUUCUUCUGACUUUAGGUAUUAACGACAAUGAAAAUAUACUUCAACUUUAUGGAGAAAUAAUGUCUCAAUUUAUUAAGAUAUAUGGAUAUGAUAUUAAUUUGCCCAACGUGUACGAUCAAAUGAUUAAUAUCGGCAAACUUUACUCAAAUGAUAUUCCUGAAAUAUUCGUCCAAAUGGAAAAGUCUCUUGUUGGUUGUCGAUUCAAUCAACAAGUUUUUUGUAAUUUUGCAGACAUGAUGUCUAAUGUAAUCAGAAGUGACAUAAUAAUUAAAGAUGUAAAUUUGCCUAGUGGGAAAUCAAUGAUUUGUCAACAUAUUGAUAACAUGGUCCACUCCUAUUACUCAAACAACAAAAAUGAAGCUCCUUUUGAUACAACAUUGAAAGAUAAUGUUCAAAUUUUGAUUGAAACUGACGAAGUAAAUGACUUGAAUAUAUUCCCUCGUUUCAACAAAAUUCGAGAGGAAUUCGAAUACAACGUACUCUAUUCUUCAGACAAGAAACAACAACUUUUCAAACUUUCAAAAAUACUUGACAAAGGACUUGAUGUUGAAAGAAUCGAAGAAGCGUUGAGUCAACUUAAUGAAUUAAAGCAAAAAACCAAAGAAACGGGGAAGCCACUUAAAGAAGAAUAA